CUUCGCUCCGUUUUUCUACACGCCCUCGUCCUGUUUGUGGGCGUCCUUCUCAUCACCGUGGCUCCUCCGCUCCGCCUCUCAUCCCCCACUUUCAGACUCUCCUCAGUAUUGGGCCAUCUCCGUGGCUCACGACUGACUACACCUACAGUAUCCCCUACGGCACUGACGAACCUCCGCAAAUCCCUCACCACCGCGAGCAUGGCUCCAGAACACUACCGCCGCCCACCUCAGGCCCCGCCGGUUUUCACCGCAACCGCUCAGUCAAUCGUUGACGAUGCCAAGCGCCUCAUCGAGGCAUCCCGCAAGGUCCAGGAUGACGUUGUCGCCAAUGCGAAGCCUGAGACGGCUACAUUCGAUUCAGUGCUCAAGCCGUUGGCCCAUGACGAGAACACUAUGGCGCUGGAAGCCCACAUCCUCAGCUUCUACCAGGCAGUCUCGACCGAACAGCAGUUGCGCGAUGCUUCGUCCAAGGCCGAGGCGGAGCUGGACGAAUUCUUCAUCGAAACGGUCAUGCGCGAGGAUGUCUUCAAGCUUGUGGAUGCCGUGCUAAACAAGAACGAAUCUCUUGACCCCGAGUCCCGUCGCCUCUUAGAGAAGGAGCACAAGAGUUACAUUCGUAAUGGGCUGGGCCUUCCCGCUGGGCCGAAGCGGGACCGCUUCAAGGAGAUCAAGAAGCGCCUGAGUCAGAUCAGCAUUGAGUUCCAGAAGAACUUGAAUGAAGAGAACGAGGGUCUCUGGUUUACCUCCGAAGAACUGGACGGUGUGCCGGAGGACGUGCUGUCAGGUUUGAAGAAGGGCGAGGGAGAGAAUGCGGGCAAGCUCUGGCUGACCUUUAAGUAUCCGGACCUUUUCCCGACUAUGAAGUAUGCCAAGAACCCCGAAACUCGCAAGCAGGUGAUGAUCCAGAACGAGAACAAGUGCAACCAGAACGUACCUCUCUUCCGGGAAGCCAUUAUCCUGCGCGACGAGGCUGCUCGGCUUUUGGGAUAUCCGAACCAUGCAGCAUUCCGAAUUGAGGAUAAGAUGGCCAAGACACCAGAGACAGUUGACACCUUCUUGGGAGAUCUGCGGAGUCGCCUGACAGCCGGUGGCCAGAAGGAGAUCAAGAGUCUGCUGGAGUUGAAGAAGAACGAUAUUGAAGCUCGUGGCGAGUCCUUUGACGGCAAGUACUAUCUGUGGGACCACCGGUUCUACGAUCGCUUGAUGCUCGAGAAGGACUACUCUCUGGACCAGCAGCAGAUUGCUGAGUACUUCCCUCUUCAGACUACCAUUGAUGGCAUGUUGAAGAUCUUCGAGGAAUUGUUCGGCCUGGUGUUCGUAGAGAUCACCGGCGAUGACCGGGCUAAGGUAGCUCCCUCCGGUAAGGGAAGUGACAUUGUCUGGCACGAGGAUGUGCAGAUUUUCAGCGUCUGGAACGACGAGGGCGAGGGUAGUGGAUUUGUUGGCUAUCUCUACCUGGAUCUUUUCCCUCGGAGCGGCAAAUACGGCCACGCGGCCAACUUCAACCUCCAGCCCGGUUUUAUCGACAAGGACGGCAAGCGCCGGUAUCCGGCCACCGCCCUUGUGUGCAACUUCACUAAGCCGACACCGAAGAAACCCAGUCUGCUCAAGCACGACGAAGUUGUAACAUUGUUCCAUGAGCUGGGCCAUGGUAUCCACGACCUCGUGGCCAAGACCAUUUACUCUCGGUUCCACGGAACCAACACCGUGCGAGACUUCGUCGAGGCCCCCAGUCAGAUGCUGGAGAACUGGUGCUGGACCCCAUCGCAGCUCAAGUCGCUCAGCAAGCACUACUCGACGCUCUCACCCGAGUAUCUCGCCUCCUGGAAGGAACAGGCCGGUGACAAGCCUGUGCCGGCCGAGCAGAUCCCCGACGAGGUGAUUGAGAACCUGAUCCGGACGAAACAUGUCAACGACGCACUGUUCAACCUGCGCCAGCUGCACUUUGGUAUCUUCGACAUGACGGUUCACGAGCCCAAAAGCCACGAGCACAUUGAGAAGCUGCCGAUCUCGGCCACCUACAACCAGCUGCGCAAGCAGAUCACUCAGAUGGACGGACCGGAGAGCUUGGGUCUGGGUGACGAAUGGGGACAUGGCGAGGCGACUUUCGGACACUUGAUUGGUGGCUAUGAUGCCGGUUACUAUGGAUACUUGAGCUCCCAAGUUUACUCCACCGAUAUGUUCUACACCGUCUUCAAGGCUGACCCGAUGAACCCGGCCGCCGGCCGACGCUACCGCCACCAGGUCCUGGAGAAGGGAGGCAGCCAGGAUGAAAUGACGAGCUUGACGGAAUUCUUGGGCCGCGAGCCCAAGACCGAUGCAUUCUACAAGGAUAUGGGCUUGGCUUAG